CUAUUCCAUUACAUCUUGUGGUAACAUCAAACAACAAACAUAUAUAAAAUAGUUUCGGUGUAUAAUAAUUAUAAUAUGUUGUGCUGCUCAACAAUACAGGUAACAUUUAUAUUCACAAAAUGAUAUCAAGUAAAUAGUAAUUUAAACUUGUUUAAUACUUUGCAGAUUUCCUUUAACUGCACCACAAAUAUUUAAUUCAUCGUUAUUUUCUCGUUCUAUAUCAGAAAUCUGAUUUAUACAUGUACAAGCUAACGUCUGGAUGUAAAAUAUCUUAGCUGGUGUGGUAAAAGUGCAAAGGUAUUGUGGUGUGGAGGUAUAUUGGUGUAGAGGCACGAAGGUGAAGAAGUGCAAUGGGAGGUGUGGGAGGUGCGGCGGCGCUGAUGGGCGUGGAGGUGUGCGCGCCGCUGCUGCUGCUGUGCUGGCUGUGCUGCUGGCCAGACGACGCCAACUCAGACACGAGCUCUGAGAAGCAUCCCAGAAGACCGGUCAUUACCACAGAGUCGGGGCGCCACUCGGGCGAGCUGCUCGCCCGCCGCUUUGGCAGCAGCGCCGUCUCUCUGCACCUCCCCCCCACACCGGGUUUCAAAAAGCAACCUCUGUCUGCCCACCGGAGCCACGAGGAGAUCCGCAGCCGGCGCAAGUCUCACCACGACACGGGCGAGCGCGUCGACCCGGCCCGGCAUCACUCUGCGCCCAGCGUCAUCGACGAGGUCCUACACCGGCGCGACUGGGAGCGAUCCAACAGGGACCUCUACAUCCCGCUCAGACCAGAGGCCGAGGCCCUGACGCCAUACACCAGCCCUAACACAGAUCUGACAGCAGAUGUCGAUACGCAUGACCACAAGACUGACGAACAGAUCAUCGGCAGACCCUGUAAGAAGCACUACACGAAUAUAAAAAGCUCCCGCAAUAAGAAACCAGAAACCGCAGUAACAUCAUACAAGGAGUUGACCGCGGAAGACAUCAAAGACGAGGACGUGACGGAGCAAACAUCCAGCAUGUCAAACUUCUACAUCGGAGACGCGUCCUGCAUGCUCAAUAAAGAGAACAUAGAAUUGAAAGUUUGGAACGUCGAGGAGAAGAAGGUGAAAGCUAAAGACGUGAAGCAGUGCGUGAACGAGUCCAUCAAGUACAGGGAGAGACCGCGGAACAUCCUUUGUCCUCUGGCCGAGCUGCAGGUGUCCGGGGAGGAGAUGGACCGCUCGGGGGCGGUACACCACUUCGACUCCAGAGCCAGCUACUGCGACACGCCGGAGUUGCCCUACUCUCCGCCCGCAGCAGAGCCAGCCCGCGUGUUGGAGGGCACGUGUCUGCGGGGAGGUGGCGGGGCGGGCGCCAGCUCGCGGUGUGUGGUGCGCGCGCGUCACGCCAGCGCCGGGGACGUGCUCGCGCCGCUCAUGCGUCCACACUCCGCCGCACUCUCCGAGAGCGACUUGGACUACGAGUUGGAAGGAUGCGACGAGCCGCCGCCAGCCUACGAUGAGCUACAGGUUCUUGCCAUCGCACAGCGCAAGGAGACCGCCAUAUAA